CACGGCACAGACUUAGUAAUUCUAUUAUUGAUUUAUCUUGCGUCGUAUUUUCAGAUACUGAAUAACAUAGAGAAAUAAAGAAUCUUACCACUCGGUAAUCUGUUUAGUUUUCAAAGAGGUAGCUAGUCAGUUUGAAAAAUCAUUUUCAUGAAGAAAGACAUCAUCAUGAAGUGAGGGCUCUACCGUGGUGCAAAAGCUGUGUACUCGGAGGAUUGAAACUGAUUUUAACACGAAUAAUAUACAAAAUACCAACUGAAUAAUUAGCAGUAUUCGAAGAUCGAGAGAUCGUCGAGUGCGGCCAGAAAUGGAGGACGCGCCCAGUGCUCGGUGCGUGUACGUGAGCGGCGCUGCAGCCUGCCGUCGUGCUGUGGUUGCCUACUGCCCCUCCGCCCGUCUUCUGUUCUACGCUACUGCUGGCCGAGUGCUGGCUUACUGCCCACAGGCUGGUCGAGUCGUUGGUUUGUCUGAAGACCGAAGUGAAGGUGACAUCGUGGGCCUGAGGUUAGUGUCAGGGCGGUGCCUUACCAACGACCUGACGGCUUUGCUGAGCCUCCACACUUCGGGUGCCGUAGCGGUGUGGCAUCUCAGUAAACCCUGUGUCGACAACGCUUACGUGGACCACGUCCUUCACAGAGCAUUACAUCUGCUGGGUCACCACAAGGGCAGCAUCUCCAGCGGGGACGCUUGUUAUCUCGACAGUUGCUCCGGGUCUCGUCUGCUCAUCGUCACAGCUGGCACCGACCACGCCCUUAACUUCGUCACCGCCUGCAGCACGUCGGGCAAUGUGCUGUCCUCUAGCAGCGUGAAGCUUCCUGGCAGGUCGUUAGUGCCUGAACUUCGCCUUGUGCCUCUGCCCUCUGCGGCCGCCACGCCUAUGCCGCUUUUGCUAUGCGGCGGAGACGACUCUAAGGUCCACGUAUGGGCGUCUCAUAUCGGUCAGCUUGUGGGGGACGGAAGUGAAGACCUGCAGUACAAGCGAGUGGGUGCCUUGCCGGGACAUCGCGACUGGAUAACAGCGCUUGAUUUUGUUUAUGUUGGAGGAACUGUGAUGUUAGCUAGUGGAAGUAAGGAUGGCGGUGUCCGAGUAUGGCGGUUACGUUUAGACCAGCCCUCAGCUCCUGACUCCGGCAGCGGCAGUGUCGCCCUCAGUGAGAACGGCUGCAACGGCACGGCAAGACCCGACGACGGUGAUACUCUCAUCGCGGAUACCGACUGCGGUGUCGAGACACUUAAGGUUCGGCCCGUGCCUUUGGGCGCACUCGGGACUGCGACUCUGGAGACUGUGCUCUCCUGUCACGAGGGCGCCGUAGCACGCUUGUGCUGGCUGCAACUGCCAGGGCUGCAAGAGUGUAACCUACGGCUGCUAAGCUGCACGCAGACAGAGGAUCGCUCCAUAGUCAUGUGGCAGCCUCAGUCCUAUCGUCAUAUCGCCUCCUCCGAUGCCACAGAAGGAGAUGACAAUGACGGUGACGUUUGGGUGGAGGCAGCAAGACUGGGGGAGGUCGGCGGCAACAGGGAAGGCUUCUUCUCUGCCGUCUUCAGUUGGGACGGCAGUGCGGUCUACGCGCACAGCUACCAGGGUGGUAUUCAUGAGUGGCGUUUGGAAGGAGAUAACUUCUGGGUGCCGCAGCCAACGGUGGCAGGACACUUCAGGCCUGUUGUCGACUGCGCCUGGGAACCCAAGGGAAGGUACCUGCUGACGUGCAGCGAGGACCAGACCACGCGUCUGCACGCCAAAACUACAGACGGUGCCUGGCACGAAGUCUGUCGUCCGCAGGUGCACGGCUACGACAUGAGCUGCGUCGCUUGCCUGCCUGGUCUCAGUUUCGUCUCGGGCGCCGAAGAAAAAGUCUUGAGAGCAUUUUCCGCUCCCACAAUUCUGGCGGAGAAACUUGCUACUUCCUGUGGCUGGGAGCCGCUUCUUGAGCUUGAAUCGAGAGACUUCGUUGACGCCGCUGCUGUUCCAUCCCUUGGACUCAGUAAUAAGAGUUUGAGUGAACAAAAUCAACCUCGACCACAACAACAAACUGAAUCAUCGCGACCCACCGAAGACACGUUGAUGGCCGGCACGCUGUGGCCUGAGGUUGCCAAGCUCUACGGCCACGGGCACGAGCUUAUGGCAGUGGCCGCCACAGCGCGCCACAUCGCUACUUCUUGCAAAGCUGCCACGCCACAAGACGCAGCUAUAAUUGUUUGGAGUGCCAAGUCGUACCAGCAAUUACAAGAGCUGCACUACCAUCGCCUGACGGUGACUCAGCUUAAUUUUUCCAGCGAUGGUUCCAAGUUACUAGCGGUGUCCAGGGACAGGAGCUGGUCCAUCUAUGACGGUCAGCUGUCAGAUGAAUUCACGCUUUCAUUUCAUUCGGGUUUGUUGGAGAAGAGUGUUCAGCACUCACGGAUUAUUUGGGCGUCAAGUUGGGCUCCUGGCGACACAGCUUUUGUCACGGCAUCAAGGGAUAAGACAAUCGCUGUAUGGCAAGCCAGUGGAGAUCGGGCAAGAGAUCAGAGCUGUGGGACGUUAUUGUGGCGUCGUGCAAACACGCUGCGGGAAGAGGAUGAAGUGUCCGCAGUGGCUGUCACUGCGACCCACCGUCAAACAGAAUGGCUUAUAGCUACAGGGUUAGUAAAUGGAGAUGUCAAACUACACGAAUACAAUGAGCAGCGAAACGAAUUGAUUGCCACUACAACUCUGACGCCGGCGCAUCAUGCAACAGUCCGACGACUAUCAUUUUGUCCGCCGAAGGAAGGAAAUUCGAUACUAGCAGCGUGUGGCAACGAUAAUUUGGUGUUUCUGUACAUUUGUCAUACAUCGCAAAAAUAAAAAUUAUCAAUAUCCUGA